GAAGGAUAUGAACGGUGUAAAGCCGGAACAGCGAUUCUAACUGAACGUAAAAUUCUUAACAUAUUGAAAUAAUUAGUAUUUAACAAUCAUGCCUUUUCGUCUUUGUUCAAGUUCAAAUUUUCGACUCCUUUUUCCAUAUUUUCACUCAUUUCACCAUUCACCAAAGAAAAAUGUUCACUGCACAGUGCACUAGCUGACAAAAAAGUGAAACGUGACAACACUGACAAAGUGACAGAGAUAUAUUUCAGUGUGGUGUACACGUGUUGAUUUGGCAGUGGCUAAAAGCCUACAGCCGGGUUAUAUACAUCUAUGUUUUAAAGUCCAAAUACAUUUGUUUACUCAUUUUACUACUAAUUCAUUAUGGUUGGUAAAGUUGCAGCAGGAUUUGUUAUAUUUAGAAGAUUUUCUACGGACAUAGAGUACCUCUUGCUACAAACCUCUUAUGGUAUCCAUCAUUGGACCCCUCCAAAAGGUCAUGUUGAUCCAGGUGAAUCAGAAAUGGAAACAGCUUUGAGGGAAACAGUUGAAGAAUCUGGACUUCAUAAAGAGGAUCUCAAGAUUUUUGAAGACUGUAAGAAAGUGUUGACCUAUCAGGUCAAGGGAAAGCCUAAAACAGUUUACUAUUGGCUAGCAGAGUUGGUGAAUCAGAAUGCCCAAGUGAAACUAUCCCAUGAACAUCAAGAUUUCAAGUGGUUGGGAUUGGAAGAUGCUUGCAAACUGGCAGAGUUCAAAGAAAUGCAAGAAACUUUUCACCACUGUGAACAAUAUAUUAACAGAGUAAUAAAGGGAAAUACAUAAAUAUACUAAUACUUAAUUAGGCAAUAGUCAUUCCACUGAAAUGAAACAUUGAGCUAAACAAGUCCAAAUCCUUUCUGAAGAGCUUUUGCCUCUGCAACUGAAAUGGGCUUUAAUGUGAAUCCUUCCAGUCUAGGCUGAUGUUCUAAAUCUCUCAGAUUUUGUGACUUUUCUCUGAUUUUAUUCUGCAGACUU